GGCCCUCUCGGGGGCCACGGGCCUCAGCGACAAGGUUCAGGAGACCAUGGAGGCGCUGGCCGUGGUGCAGGAUGUGGACGGCAGCCAGGAUCUCUACAGAGAGCACGUGGGCCCCCUCAUGGAGCGGCUGGCGGCUUCGCACCAUGACUGGACCAUCCAUUCCGUGGAGCUCCUGCAGUUCGACGUGGUGGUCACCCACGCAGGCCCGGCGCUGGGAGAAGUGCUGCCCCACCUCGUGCCCGUCCUGCGGAGCUGCCUGCAGCCGCCAGAGACCCGCAGAUGCGCCUGAGGCUGUUCUCCCUGACGCGGGUGCUGCUGAGCACCAAGCAGACCGUUGACUCCCAGGGGUAGGUCUGCCCGGCCUCUG